AUGUUUGUUACUCUCGAAGCCCGUGGCUUGUCAAGAGUACGACGGGCGCCGAUAUUCCGUGUCCAGCAAUGCGGUUUACAUUAUGAUGGACGAACUCGAGUGUCAAAUUUCUGGAUUCCAACUGGUGGAAUAUCCAAAAAACCCGUGGAAGGACAAAAAGAAGAUGCCAAUGAUUUAUUAAUUCGCGCCGGAUUUCUCCGCCAGGCAUACUCUGGUGUUUUCCAUCUUCUCCCGCUUGGGCUGCGAGUGCAGGACAAGCUGGAGCGCCUCAUUGACAAGCACAUGCGCACAUUAGGUGCAUCGAAAGUCUCCCUCUCUUCAUUGUCUUCUCAGGAGCUAUGGGAAAAGUCAGGGCGGUUGAAUGAUAGCUCUGAAGAGGUAUUUCGAUUGCAUGAUCGAAAAGACGCUCGCUUUAUUCUUGCUCCGACUCAUGAGGAGGAAAUUACUACACUCGUCGGGAGCCUCACUACCUCCUACAAAAAUCUUCCUCUGCGGGUGUACCAAAUUUCCCGAAAGUAUCGAGAUGAGGCACGACCGCGUCAAGGUCUUCUUCGUGGCCGUGAAUUUAUUAUGAAGGAUUUAUACACGUUUGACUACAAUGUUCAGGAAGCAUUGAAAACUUACUAUGCAGUUAAGCAAGCCUACACCCAGCUUUUUGAUGAACUCAAAGUGCCAUAUCUGGUUGCUGCCGCCGAUUCGGGAAACAUGGGUGGCAGUCUCAGCCAUGAAUUCCAUUUCAUCAGUUCCAAGGGUGAAGACCGUGUUGUGAGCUGCUCACACUGUGAUCACGUAUACAAUGAGGAACUUGCCGAUGGGAAAACACACAUUUUCAAGGAAUCCGCCGAGUCAAACAGCGUUCCCGGCUUCCAGACCGAAGAUUCUUCAGCCGAAGUCACCCCGACAGUCUCCACCGGUAUGUGGAUGGCUAUCUCACAUGACGGAAACACUCUUUUGCGCGGCUGGUACCCCAAAUUCUCCAUGCAGAACGGGUCUACAGAGCCCGUCGAGCGCCAUGUUAACUCACACGCCGUCAAGGCAAUCGCCACUGCUGCAGGCGUGGACCUCGAUUUAAGUGUGGAGAACCCAUUAGACAAAUGGGUUGCGCGAGUCAAAUCACCUCUGGCGGGUCAGAAACCCCGCGUUCUAGAUCUGUACGACUCACAAGUACGAGUCUACCAGCGUCCACCAUUGAGCGACCUCCUUCAAAAGGCGGAAUGCACUGUCGCUGACAUCGAAUACUCAAUGCUGGACCGGUUCCCCGAGUCAUCUCACAAACUCAGCUUAGUUCGCGUGCACAAUGAAGACAAAUGCUCGCAGUGUCCUGAUGGUCUGCUGACCAGCAACCCAGCUGUCGAGCUUGGACACACAUUCCACCUUGGCACUCGGUAUAGUGAGGUGUUGCAAGCAUCGGUCUCCGUUAACCCUGCCCUAAUUGAUGGGGCGUCGCCGUCAGAUAUCAAAUCGGGCAAGGAGCAAAUUGUACCGAUGCAAAUGGGCUGCCAUGGAAUCGGCGUUUCGCGUAUGGUUUCUGCUGUGGCUAACCGACUAGUUGACUCCAAGGGGCUAAACUGGCCCCGUGCUAUGGCCCCCUAUGAAGUUGUGGUGGUCCCUGGCAAGGGAUUGGAGUCUGUUGCCGAGAAGAUCUAUGAUGGCCUUACUUCACGGGCUACGCCGGUGGACACGCUCCUCGAUGACCGUGACAAGGGAAUGGGCUGGAAACUCGGGGAUGCAGACCUGAUCGGUUACCCCGUCAUCGUGGUUGUGGGCAAUGGGUGGAAGAAGCACCAGACUUUAGAGGUGCAAUGUCGACAACUUGACGUGAAGAAAGAUGUGUCCUUGGACGAACUGCCCGAAUUCGUUGAGAACCUGCUCGCACAGCUGUAA